UUGCCGUUUCCUUCUAUUUUUUUCCUCCCUUUUUCCGUUUUUUGAAUUUUUUCAUAGAAAACAAAACGAAAUAAAAGAUAUCCAAUCCAAAUUUACAGACCACAUAGCCUUCCUUCCCAUUAUAGAUCCCCACCAUUUGUAUCCAGUGUCCAAAAAAGGGUAAAACCCCAACAAGGGGAAGGUGAAGAAAGAGAAGGGACCCAGAGAUUUGAAGGAAAAAGAUCCUUACGAUUUCUGGGUUUAUUUCUCGAGAAGUUGGGCAUUCGAAUUUGGGGGAAAUCGAAGAUGGGUCGGGGCAAAAUCGAGAUAAAGAGGAUCGAGAACGCGAAUAACAGGCAAGUCACUUUCUCCAAGAGACGUGCUGGGCUGCUGAAGAAGGCUCGUGAACUCGCUGUUCUUUGCGACGCCGAGGUUGCUGUCAUCGUCUUCUCGAAUUCCGGCAAGCUCUUCGAGUUCUCGAGUUCUGGUAUGAAGAAAACACUUUCGAGAUACAACAAGUACCAGAAAUCUUCAGGUCCUCCUCCGAUUGAGUGUAAAGCAGAGAUUUCUCCGAUCCAAUUUGUUUUGUGGAAGGUGGACAACUGUAUAGAGGUGGAACUUCUGAAAGAAGAAAUCUCAAAGCUUCGAGAGAAACAGUCCAGACAGCUGCUGGGUAAGGGCUUGAAUGGCUUGAGUUUGAAAGAGCUACAACUCCUCGAAGAGCAACUGAAUGAGACAUUGUUAUCUGUCAGAGAGAGGAAGGAACAACUAUUGUUGGAACAGCUCGAAGAGUCGCGGUUGAAGGAACAACGGGCAAUGCUGGAAAACGAGACCUUGCGUCGACAGGUAGAAGAACUCCGAGGCCUUCUCCCGUCGGCCAACCUUCGCUAUUUCCCGUCCUACAUCGAGUGCUAUCCUGUUGAAAUCAAGAAACCCCCGGUAAAAGACGCAGACUUUGGUGGCUUUAAUUGCAUGGCGCAGAAGACAGAUUCAGACACCACCCUGCAACUAGGGUUGCCCGGAGAGGCAGAGGAGCGGCGGAAGAGGAAGGAGCCGGAGAAAGGGAGCUCGUCCGGCGACUCGGUGUUGACAAACACAGCAAGAGCAUGCAUACAGAGGAUUAGUCUAGUUUGAAUGAAAAUUUUACAACAUGAAAGAGCAAAUUGAAUAGAGGAAUAUGGUUUCUUGGGUAGGAAGUAAUCAGUCUAUUUCAUGCAAUUUUAUGGGGGAAGAAGAGAAGGUUCCCUUUAUUUGGUACUUUGUCAAACUCUCCCUUCAUAUCGUUUCAAUUGAUUUUGUAUUUUUGCAUUGUUGUUUGGAGAUAUUCUGUUAGAAAAAUAUAUAAUGGGGGAUAAAUUUAACA